AUGGUGUUUUGUACUAUAAAUGACUUUCCUGCAUAUGGAAAUUUGUCAGGGCACAAAGUCAGAGGACAAAAACCAUGCCCUAUUUGUGAGGAUGACAUGCAAAUUACACGCUUGAAGCAUUGGGGGAAGAAUGUGUACAUGCAUACCAGACGAUCACUUCGUCGAAAUCACCCAUAUAGGAAGAUGAGACAACAAUUCAACGGGCAUGUUGAGAAGGGAGUGAGUCGUGAGCCAUUGACAGGAAUUGAAGUGUAUGAGAAAAUUAAAAAUGUUAAGAAAAUCUUCGGUAAGAUGCACAGAGAGAUACCGAAGAAGGGGAAGACAAAGGAUAGUAUUAAUGUGCGUAGAGACAUGAAGGAAGCCAAAAUUCGACCUAAGUUAUGGCCUGAGGAAAAUGAAGCAACGAAAAAAGCAUUUUUGCCCCAUGCGUGUUAUACAUUGUCUAGAAAAGAAAAAAGGAUCUUUUGUGAGUGUUUGAAAGGAAUCAAGGUGCCGACAGGGUAUUCGUCGAACAUAAGGCGUUUUGUUUCUACUACUGAUAAGAAAGUUGUUGGUAUGAAGUCCCAUGAUUGUCAUGUGAUGAUGCAAGUUAAGGUGAUAGAUCCAAAAACACUUGAUGAUAUGGAAUAUGAUAUUGUUGAAACAUUAUGCAAAUUCGAGAUGUAUUUUCCUCUUUCCUUUUUUGACAUAAUGACUCACCUUGUUAUGCACUUGCCUCGUGAGAUAAAGGAGUGUGGUCCUGUAUUUAUGCGUUGGAUGUACCCUUAUGAGAGGCAAAUGGGUACUUUGGCAGAUAAGGCAAAGAAUAGAGCAAAUCCUGAAGGGAGCAUCGUGAAAGGGUUCAUAGCAGAGGAAGCAGGGAACUAUUGUUCAGUGUUUUUAGCUAAGGCUAAAGAAAUUGGGAUUCCGACUUCUCGUCACGAAGGAAGACUUCAAGGAAAGGGUACAGUAGGUCGAAAAUUUGUUAAACCUCCACUUGAUCGAUAUAAGAAAGCCCACCGAUUUGUGCUACAAAACCUAUCUGCAGUUCAUCCAUAUAUUGAAAAACAUCUUCAUGAGUUGAAAAUUCACAAUCCCAGGAUCAGCUCCUAUGCGUUGAUGCAGGAGCAUAAUCUCCACUUUGUUGAGUGGUUUGAAGGCCAAGUGAAGCUUGAAUUGAGUAGAGAUGAGAAUAUUUCUGAAACGAUCAAGUGGCUUUCACGAGGUCCACAACCACUUGUGUAUACUUAUGAGGGUUACGAUAUCAAUGGAUUUACUUUUGCCACUUGUCGUCAAGAUGAAAAAAGUGUGCAACAAAAUAGUGGUGUUGUCGUGGUUGCAUCUUAUACUGAAUACUCAAGUUCUAGGGAUACAAGGCCAGUUGAAGCUACACAGGCAUAUUACGGUGUCAUUCAAGAAAUCUGGGAGUUGAUUAUGUUGAUUUCACAAUUCCUAUAUUUCGUUUCACAUGCGCUGAUAACCGUCGUGGUAUGA